UAGAAAGGAGGGGAGCUUUAGGGUAAUCCCCUUCUCUCUCAUCCCUCUCUCUCCUAACCAAACCAAAAGUCUGUUUGACCAUUGCCUUUCUUCAUCUCCUUCUUCCCUUCUUCCUCCUCUCUGCUUUAAUCUUUCCUCUUAUAAUAAAUUAUGUCUCAUCAUUUCAGAUUAUAUUUCCUCCAAUAUAUAUUCCUUCCUUUUUGCUCAAUUCAUCCACCAUGUCCAUGUCUGUGUCUGUCUGAUCAUCGCCCCUGAUCUUCCCAUUUUUCAAUAUUCAUAAUUUUGAGAUAAAGUUGGAAUCUUUGGGCUUUUCUUCCGUUUUUGAGAAAUGGGUAGCUGUUUUUCAACCUCAAAAGUUAGUGGUUCCAAUAGCAACACCGCUACCACCACCACCACCACCACUGCGGUCAACAACCGCGCCACCGCAAGCGCUCCGGCGAGGAAGCAGGAGAGCUCCCACAAUAAUCAUAAUCAGAAGAAGGCAAGAGAGAAUCACAAGAGUCAGCAGCAGAAGCCUUCUCACCAUAAUCUCAAGAAUUCUUCCAAGAGGCCAAGUGGGGUGAUUCCAUGUGGUAAAAGAACAGAUUUUGGAUAUGACAAGGAUUUUGACAUGAGGUAUUCGAUUGGGAAAUUGUUGGGACACGGUCAAUUUGGUUAUACAUAUGUUGCGAUUGAUAAGUCCAAUGGAGAUCGUGUUGCUGUAAAGAAGAUAGAUAAGGGCAAGAUGGUUCUUCCGAUUGCUGUCGAAGAUGUCAAGCGGGAGGUCAAGAUAUUGAAGGCGUUGACUGGCCAUGAGAACGUGGUUCACUUCUAUAAUGCUUUUGAGGAUGAUUCAUAUGUAUACAUAGUGAUGGAGUUAUGUGAGGGCGGAGAGCUGCUGGACCGUAUCCUGUCAAAAAAGGAAAGCCGUUACACGGAGAAAGAUGCAGCCAUUGUCGUAAGGCAGAUGCUAAAAGUUGCAGCUGAGUGCCAUUUACAUGGUUUUGUACACCGUGACAUGAAGCCAGAGAAUUUUUUAUUUAAGUCUCCGAAUGAGGAUUCACAUCUUAAGGCCACAGAUUUUGGUCUCUCGGACAUCAUUAGACCAGGAAAGAAAUUCCAAGACAUUGUUGGCAGUGCAUAUUAUGUAGCUCCAGAGGUAUUAAAACGUAAGUCCGGUCCCGAGUCAGAUGUAUGGAGCAUUGGUGUAAUUACUUACAUCUUGCUCUGUGGACGGCGGCCUUUCUGGGACAAAACCGAGGAUGGCAUAUUUAAGGAGGUUCUGAGGAACAAGCCUGACUUUCGGCGUAAACCAUGGCCCAAGAUUAGCAAUCCUGCAAAAGAUUUUGUCAAGAAGUUGCUAGUAAAAAAUCCUCAAGCACGACUUACUGCAGCCCAGGCCUUGUCACAUCCAUGGGUUCGAGAAGGAGGUGAAGCCUCAGAGAUUCCUUUAGACAUCUCUGUUUUAUCUAACAUGCGGCAAUUUGUGAAAUACAGUCGAUUCAAGCAGUUUGCUCUUCGGGCGUUGGCUAGCACGCUCGAUGAAGAGGAGUUAUCUGAUAUUCGAGAUCAGUUUGAUGCGAUUGAUGUGGAUAAAAACGGUGUCAUCAGUCUCGAGGAAAUGAGACAGGCCAUGGAGAAGGAUCUUCCUUGGAAAAUGAAGGACUCGAGAGUUCUUGAAAUCCUUCAAGCGAUUGAUAGCAACACUGAUGGACUUGUAGAUUUCUCAGAGUUCGUUGCAGCCACCGUACACGUCCACCAGCUGGAGGAGCACAACACGGAGAAAUGGAAUCACAGGUCGCAGGCGGCUUUUGAGAAAUUCGACGUUGAUAGAGAUGGAUACAUUACUCCAGAGGAGCUUCAAAUGCACACGUGUUUAAGGGGUUCGCUUGAGCCGUUGCUGGAAGAAGCAGACAUUGACAAAGACGGCAAGAUCAGCUUGUCCGAGUUCCGCAGGCUUCUAAGAACUGCUAGCCUGACCGGUGUGGCAAGCCCGUCUGCAGCUCGAACUACUGCGCUGAAGAUGUAGCGGGCUGAUGAGUCAUGUAUAGGUUCCUCCAUUCUGCUGCAAUUUUCAUUGGGAGACUGCUCGUUUUUCAUCAUCUCCGUCGUCGUCGUCGUCGUUGUCCCUUGCCUAAGUUGUGGUAGUAAGAGCAGCCCACAUUAUUUCGGCAACGAUGUGGACGGUUUGAUAUGCCUGUAAAUGAUAUGGUGCUGCCGAUGUUGUUGUCUGCUUUUAUGUAAGAUGUAUGUCCAUCGAUGAAAAUUUGUCGCCUUUUACCCUUAUAUCGGAGAACAGCCAAAUUUAGACUUGAUAGGCGGUGGCGGAUUCAUGAUGUUUGAGUUGAGCUGGCGACACGGUGGAGUUGUCAACGUUGCGCCAGAGCAAUCGGUGUCGUGUCGUUUUGUUGUCGAGCCAUGUUAUUGAGCAAUUACUAUGCUAAUCAUCUAGAUGAUUUAGAGCCCUAACCGAUGCUCUUGAUGUUUGUCUAUAAAAAUUGGAAGCAUUACUACUA